AUGAUUGAAAUUGGAUCACCUUCCUGCAACACAGCUCGAAAUUUUCUAAUGUCUAAUGUUGAAAUAGUACAUCCUGAAUAACCUUAAGACAUUUCUUCCCUCAGAGAAUCAGAAAAUGAAUUUGAAAAUCCCUCACAUUACAAAAGGCAAAUUAAAAAGAAAUGUUUAUAUAUUUGUAUUCUUUUAUAGGAGCAUACUCGAACUAAGCAAUCCUUCUUUUCGUUGAUUAAAAUCUAAUAAUUGGUUAACAAAUUUAAAAAAAAUUUAAGGAAAAAUGCCAAUUUAUGCACUAUGUAUCCGAAAUCACCUUACGUAGAUUAUUUAUUACUAUCUGCUUAUAAAGGGAAUUAUGCAGCAUAAUAAAAUUCUAUGGUUAUACGAUUAAAACUGAAAAUCAAAUUUAUUUGGGAAGUAUUAUUAUAUCUAAUCAAUUUAUUGUUAAUUUUAUUACUACCUUUUCAUUUCGAAGCAAGCUAGGAUGAGAUUGUGAAGUUGAAUUUUUGUGUAUUUGGUUUAGAAAUGGGGAUUAAAUUUGUUCAGUCAUUUUAUUCUGAAGGUCGACUGAUACGAGGAAGAUAUGAAAUUAUUAAGCAUUAUCUUAAAACGAGUUUCAUUGUAGAUUUCAUAAGGAUAGCAAUUCUAUUAUCAACAAUCUUAGAGAUUCCUAAUAGAGUAGAAGUAGAAAUCAUAAAAGAUAUAAUCUUAUACUCUAUAUGUUUAUUUAAGUUGCAUUUGAAAUUUAUAUGUACAAAUUACUAUAUAGUUAAAUUUGGAGAGUUAAUAUUUUUAGUAUUAUUUGUUUGUCACUUUUUCACAUAAUAAUUGUUUUAUUGGGAGGAAACCGAUUACAUAUAUAGAUUUGGUAUGAGUUUGGAUAUCUUUUUGAGUAAUUCCCUAAUAUAAUUUCGAUAAGAAGAACUAUAUCAAUUGUUAAACAUAUUCUUUGAGAUAGUAUCAUUGAUAGUUAAAAUUUACAUAUUAUAGUAAAUAAUGAGUUAUUGUUUGAUUAACUAAGAGAUUAUGAAGAAGAAAAAGGACUUGUUUGAUUUACAUGGACAUUUAAAAUACUUGAAUGUGUCAAAUUUGAUUUCUAAUCGAGUGAUAUCUUAUUAUAAGACCAUAAUGAAAUAGGAUGAGAAAAUUAAGACACAGGAUUUUCACCUCUUCUUCAAUGAAAAAUUGAAACCAAAUUUAGCUAAAGAACUGAAAUUGUAAAUACAAGGGAAUUUCCUUAAGAAUUUUAAGGUGUUCAAUAAAUUCACUGUUUAAACAAAAAAAAAUUUAAUUUGUAAUAUGGAGGAAGUAGAUUUCAGUCCAAAUCAAAAGAUUUAUUGCAAAGAGGAAUAAGACGAUUAAUCCAUCUUCUUUAUUACCUAAGGUAAAGUGAUGAUAAUGUAUGGAAAUAGUGAAUUAUAGAUAUAUCAUGAGAAUUCUUCAUUCGGUGAGAUUAGUUUUUUCACUGGUUUACCAAGAGGAUUUACAGCAAUUAGUUUAGGAUAUUCAAGAUUGUAUAAAAUACAAAGACUUGCCUAUUUGAAUACUGUUAGUAGUAUUAAUCAAGAUUUGGUAAAUAAUCUCAUAAAUUUAGAGGAAACAGCCUAGAUGAUCAAAGACUAAAUUGUUUUUUAAGAAAAAUUCAACAUAAUUGGAAGGAAAUGCAUGUGUUGUUAAGAUCAAAAUCAUUUGAUUUAAAAUUGUCCUUUCCUUCAUUAUAAGCCUAACAAAGAUAUAAUUUUGAGUAAAUUUAUUUUCCCUGUAAAGAUGCGUAGAAACAAAUAUGAGAGGAGAAGACUUCGUUAUUAGAAUGUGUUAAUCAAUUAGUUCUUCAACCAUAUGAGAGCGUAAGAGUAUUAAGAGAACAACGAUUUAAUUAAUAUAGAAGACUAGUCUGAAAAUUAUUUAGUUGAUCCUUAGUCCUCCUCCUUCUCAGGUGAGUUUAAGAUGAAAAAUUCAUCAUUGUCUCCAGAUCCAAUAAUUGCUAUUUCAAUGAGUCAUAAGAAAGCCACUCUUGAUUCAGAAGAACAUUUUAGAAAGAACAAGUAAGCAUUCAUCCAUCCGAUUCCUGAAUACAGCGAUGAGAUACAAUCAUUGGCUUCUUCUGAUAUCUAAGCACCUUAAUUUAUGGAUAAUAAGUCAGAAGAACCUCAAAUAAGGAUCAUCUAAAAGUAAGUAAAACCAAAAGGAGAUUUAUUAAAAUCCCAAGGAAGUCAAUUAAGCCGAUCAAUUUCUUAAUAAAUAUUUUAGCAAAGAUCGAGAUCGCAAUCUUAGAAUGUUUUAGACAUUUCUCAAAAUCAAAAUAAUUAAAUAAAUAAAAAGUAAAUACUUCGAUCACUCUCGUAAUUGAGUUAUGAUGAUAAGACGUUUCAUAAAUAGAAAUCUAAAAGAACAAGCACAUCGUAGUAGAAUGUUCAAUCUUUGAUCUAACUAUUUUAGAAUGAUUUGAAUCCAAUUUUGAUGGAUUUCAUUUAGAUAGAUUUGGACAGGGGAUGCAAUUUCAGAACUUAUUUGCCUUAAAAUAAUAUGAAAGUAGUGUUAAGAUAGAAUAAGUAUGUGACUGCGUAAAAGAGAAGCAAAUACACCUUAAAUUAUGAAAUUAGUAAGAAACUAAAAAAAUUAACUAGAUUAUGA